AUGGCGUUUGAGGAGCUUCUGGCCAGGGCUGGGGGUGUGGGACUCUUCCAGGUCCUGCAGAUCUGCACCUUGCUUCUCCCUGCCCUCUUGGUACCUUUUCACAUACUUCUGGAGAAUUUCUCGGCCGCUGUCCCAGACCACCGCUGCUGGACCCAUGUGCUGGACAACAGCUCUGAGGUGCCCACUAACCUGACCCGCGAGGCCCUCCUGGCCAUCUCCAUCCCACUUGGCCCCAACCUGCAGCCUGACCAGUGCCGCCGCUUCCGCCAUCCACAGUGGCAGUUCCUGGACCCCAAUGCCACAGCUGCCAACAAGAGUGAGGCCGCCACAGAGCCAUGUGUGGAUGGUUGGGUCUAUGACCACAGUACCUUCACGUCGACCGUUGUAACCAGGUGGGACCUGGUGUGUAGCUCCCAGAGCCUGAAGGCCCUGGGCCAGGCCAUCUUCAUGACUGGGACCCUGGCAGGAGCCUUUGUCUGGGGAUUUCUCUCCCACCGGCUGGGGCGAAAGCCGAUGCUGGUCUGGUGCUGUCUGAAAGUGGCUGUGGCUGGUGCUGGCGCCAUCUUGGCUCCCAACUUCUUCAUCUACUGUGGUCUUCGGUUCCUGAGUGCCUUUGGGCUGGCUGGUAUCAUUAUGGCCCAGGCCACACUGAUGGCUGAGUGGACCACAAUCCGCAGGAGGGAUGUUACCAUGACGAUCUUGGGCUGCACUUACAGCACAGGCCAGAUGGCCUUGGCAGGCCUGGCCUUGGCCUUGCGGGACUGGCGAAACCUCCAACUGGCUGUGUCCAUCCCCUUCUUGGCCAUAUUCCUGCUGUCCUGGUGGCUGCCAGAAUCUGCACGAUGGCUGAUUACCACAGGCCAACCAGAAAAAGCGCUUCAGGAACUCCAGAAGGUAGCCAGGAUAAAUGGCCACAAAGAAGCCAAACAGAUGCUGACCAUAGAGGUGAGUCAGGAAAAUAUGUCCAAUAGAGUGUUAUCUGCAACUGAGACUCAGGGAUCUGUGCUGGACCUGUUCCGUGUGCCCGUGCUCUUCCAGAGAACUUGCGUCAUCGCAUUGGUGAACUUCUCCCUAUUGUUGUCCUAUUAUGGCCUGGUCCUGGACCUGCAAAGCCUGGGCGGGAACCUCUUCCUCUUGCAGACCCUCUUUGGAGCCGUGGACUUCCUGGGCCGAGCCACAGCCGUCCCAUUGCUCAGGUUCCUGGGCCGCCGCACGACCCUGGUGGGCUUCUUUGCCCUGUCGGGGUUCUGCAUCUCAGCCAAUGUGCUGGUGCCACAAGACCUGCAGACUCUUCGUGUGGCCCUGGCCACCCUGGGGAAAGGCUGUUGCGGGGUCUGUUUGUCGUCUCUCUCUGUGUACAAGACAGAGCUCUUCCCGACACAGCUGAGGAUGGCAGCGGAUGGCUUCCUGCAAUCUGUGGGCCGCCUGGGGUCCAUAACAGGCCCCUUGAUUAAGAUGGCCAGCCAGGCCCUGCCCCUGAUACCACCACUCACCUAUGGAGCUUUUCCCAUUGCCUCAAGCCUGGUCCUCCUGUUCUCCCUCCCGGAGACCCAGGGCAUUCCACUCCCAGACACCAUCCAGGACUUGGAGGGCGGAUCAUCCACAGCCAAGGGUAACCAGCAAGAGGGGGUCAUUAUGGAGAGCACCUGGUUCUAGAAACGUCACCACCAUUGGAGCCUUUGGCUGGCUGAAGCCUCCUGGGAAGGAGUGGCCUCUUCUUCGGUGUGAAGGAGGAAGCCCAUGAAUGACCAGGAGGACUCACCCUAGCAGGGCCGGCAACAUGGCUGCCUCCUCUAGCUGGAGGUAACUCUCAAUCCAGUACUUCCCUUCCUCAACACAGUCUCCAUCCUGCCCAAGCUGGAUGUCCUCUCCACACCUUCACUCAGGACCCUAGCUCGAGAUUAGGGCUUCAGACUCCCCAUUGUGUCCUCAACUGAGUCCUCAGCUAUAAAAUGGAGGAAGGCACUUACCUUCCAGGGUUGGGUAUGGGGCGAACUGAUCUUCGUUCUGGUGAGAGUUCAGUACCCAGUAUGCUAACAGCUGCCAUGUGUGGGUACGUAGGUUGUGCAUCUUCUCGAGGCACUCCCCAGAGGAAGCCUGUGGGAGCCGGGAUUAGCUGGGGUUCGCCCUGGUUCAGCCACCUGCCCUCCAGGAGCAGUGAAUAUUACAAGAAAGGGACGCUUUAAUCACUUCCUGUUGCUCAUUGGUGUAGCUAGAGUUUUCCUGCCCGGCCCACAGUCAGGACAAAUCUCUGUCACCCGCCAGUCCCACAGUCGCUCAGACCCAACCAAGUUAAUGCAGAGAUUUAUAUUGCUUACAAACUGUAUGGCCAUGGCAGGCUUCUUGCUAACUGUUCUUAUAUCUUAAUUUAAUCCAUUUCUAUAAAUCUAUACCUUGCCACCUGGCUCGUGGCUUACCGGCAUCUUCACAUGCUGCUUGUCAUGGCAGCGGCUGGCAGUGUCUCCUUCCGCCUUCCUGUUCUCUCAAUUCUCCUCUCUGUUAGUCCCGCCUAUACUUCCUGCCUGGCCACUGGCCAAUCAGUGUUUUAUUUAUUGACCAAUCAGAGCAAUUUGACAUACAGACCAUCCCACAGCACAUUGGUGAGGGGUAGAUUCCUGCCCUGGGUUUACACAUGGUCCAAACACUGAACAGACAAGACCAAUGGCAAUUUAAUUUAUCAUAGUCACAUGCCAGAGAGGCUAGCCCUACCACACCACACAGGCCACACGGGAUCUGCACCCAGUGUCAAUAAACACCCAGGAGCUGUGGGAAGCAGGAUUCGAAGUACCAAGUGACUCCUGGCUUCUGCGGAAGAUGUGACUAGCUUGCUUGCUGGUGGACAGGGAACCAAAGCCCACUGGUUAAAAACACCAUUUUGGUGUCCAAGGGCUGUGCCGCCUCUGGGCCAUGUUGAUCUGAGUGGCUUGUGCUGCCACCAGGGGACAUGAUGACAUCCGGACUGAGCUGCUGCCAGGGCCAUGUCUGGAUUCAUGGGUCUGAACAGCCACCUGAUACCAUGUCGGUGUCCGAGGGUCUGCCAUACUCAUCUGGGUGGCCUGUGUUGCUAUCGGGGCCAUGGUGAUGUCUGGGCUGAGCUGUGACCGAGAGCCACAUCUGGGUCCAUGUUCCUGUUGCAGCUGGUGUCUGUGAUAAUGUCCAUGGCCUGUGUUUCCACAGGGGUCACAGAAACCAUGCAUAUUGAAAUCCGAGGGCCAGGCUGAAUUGUCCCUGCCCUUCACUGGCCCUGGGAUAGCUGGCCCUGCCCCUCGUUGUAUACUGCAGUAGAAGAGCUGGAUCUGCCCUUCCAUGGGAGAGCUACCCUCCACCUGCCCCCGCACUCAGGAGAGAUGGCCCCAACCCUUACCA